AUGUUUAUUCACAGCACUAAUUGUACAAGGAGAGAAAUUGAACAAUUAAUUAAAAGGAACAUAUCAAUCCACUCUGUCAACACUCUCCUUUACAAGAAGGCGGCUGUUCCUUCCUCUUCAGAAACUGUUUCCACAAACGUCUCGCAAUGGAAGCCAGUAAAGGACGAUGAUAUUGCAAUUCAACUUAAUAAGGAUGAACCAUCCCUUCAAGUACUUGGUGAAGCGCAGUCGACAUUAUCUUUAACUCUUCCUCCGUCUGUACCGGCCUACAUUAGGAGAGGCUCUCUCAUAUCUGUGUUUGCGUCUAGUAGAUGCAAAGAUAUCAAAUCUAGUGUAACUAGUUCAUUGAGAGUACUACAGCCAUUUAAAAGACUGUUCGUUCGUAAUCUGACGCCAUCAUAUCAGCGUUUGCAAUCGCUUGUUCCUUUAAAUAUUUUGGUUUCCGCUUAUUCUGUUGGCAAUGUAUGGGGAAUGAUGAAGUCCACAAUUAUCAGUCCGUCGUCACAAACUUUUUGCAAUAUUUUUAUGGAUGGUUCGGUGGAUUGGGCGUUGUUUGAUUCAUCGGCUCUCCAUGUACAUGUUGGAAACUCGCUCUUUAUAAGCAGUCAAGUUCUUCCCAAGCUCAUGACGACCGGUGAACCCACCGGAUUUUCAAAAAUUUUCAAGCAAGGAUACACAUCAGUGAGUGGUCGAGGUUGGAUAUCAUUAGUUGGAGAAGGCUCUAUUUUUAAGUUUGAGUUGGAUGAAGAAGAAGAAGUUUUAGUCAAGCGGAAGAAUCUUUUGGCAAGUACCAUUAAAGAUCCUGGUGAUUUCAAAACUGGUUCUUUUUCCUUGACCGAUAUAAAUCAUAAGUCAAUAUCGCAACAGAAAUUGGACAAUGCCACUAAGGAAUCUGAACGUCUCAAAAUCAAGGCUUUAAUAACAAAAACAGAAGGACACACACCAAAUUAUUGGGAUAAAUCUAAAGCAGCAUUCUUAAGAUUAAAAUUUAGCCUAGAAAAGUUCUUUAAGAAAUCAAGUAUGACGUUUGGUAAUGGAGAUUAUAUUAAAGUUACCGGUCCCAGGUUAUUACUUAUUAAUUCAGGUACAGGGCAUGACAAGUUCCAAUACGGAAACAGUUUUGGCAGGCAUACAUCAAGUGAUGCUUUUAAACAGUUACAUCAUUUUAUGCAAAAGAAUGGUACGCCAUCCCAAAUCCUAACAGAGGGUGAUAAUAAUCCGACCGGAGUAAAACGUGACGGAGCUGUUAACCACAACAAUAUUAAUAAUUUCAAAGAUAGAGAAUGUUACCAAGGUUGA